AUGAAAUUUUUUUUAAAUCCUGGACAUACAAUUCUCAUUUUACAAAAAUUGAAUAAUCCUGAUACUCGAAUUUGGACUGAAUACGAAAAUGUUACUAUGGCUCUUGAAGCCAUAAUCGUCAUGUUUGAGAAAUGGCUUGCAGAAAUGAAUCCAAAUCUUGAUUAUAUUAAUUAUCAAGUUGGUGAUCUUAUCGGUUUCAUUAGUCAAUGUAAAGAAUUCACAAUUUUGGCCUUUGAUUCAACAUUAAAUGCGUACGUUCCACAAGAUAAAUCAUGGAUUCAAGAAAGGGUAGUAUCUCAUUUAAGAAAAAAACUUGAAUUUAAUAAAAUAAAUAUUAGUCACGCAGGAGGAGAAGGAGGAGAAAUAAUUAAUAAGAAAAGAGGAAGAUAUAUUUAA